AAUGAGGGCGCCGCGCGAGGCCCAAGGGCUGGCGGCGCAUGAGGCCGACCGCCGGGUCGGUGCCGUUGAGGAUUCCCGCCACUGCUGCUGGUGGCUUUGAGGGGCAAAAUUUCUCGCUGGGUAGCCUUCUUUUCCCUCCCGCACUUUGGUGGGGAGGGGGUGGAUCCUCCUGUCAGUGCUCGAGUUCAGGAUGACCCAAGAGAAGCCGAGGAAGUUGUUGCCGAGGAAGUCGUUGCCGUGGCCAUUUCCCCCAGGGCCUCAACUUGCUGGCCUUUCUGGAGAAGGAGCCACAAGGCCGUGACUGCGACGCAAACAUCAAAUCAGACGCAAACAGAUUCAUUGUCUCCAUCCCCUAAUCCUGUGUCACCUGGGCCUAUGAAUAACCCAACCAGUGCCCCAAGAUAUGGAACAGUGAUCCCUAAUCGCAUCUUUGUAGGAGGAAUUGACUUUAAGACAAAUGAAAAUGAUUUAAGAAAAUUUUUUUCCCAGUAUGGGUCUGUAAAAGAAGUGAAGAUUGUCAGUGACAGAGCCGGAGUGUCCAAAGGAUAUGGUUUCGUCACUUUUGAAACACAAGAAGAUGCACAAAAAAUUUUACAAGAGGCUGAAAAAUUUAAUUAUAAGGAUAAGAAACUGAACAUUGGUCCAGCGAUAAGAAAACAACAUGUAGGGAUCCCUCGUUCAAGUAUAAUGCCAGCAGCUGGAACAAUGUAUCUAACAACUUCAACUGGAUAUCCCUAUACUUAUCAUAAUGGUGUUGCUUAUUUUCAUACUCCAGAGGUAACUUCUGUCCCACCACCUUGGCCUUCACGUUCUAUAUCUAGUUCCCCUGUGAUGGUAGCUCAGCCUGUUUAUCAGCAACCUGCAUAUCACUACCAGGCCCCUGCACAAUGUCUGCCAGGACAGUGGCAGUGGGGUGUUCCUCAGCCUCCUGCCUCUUCUGCUCCAUUCUUAUAUCUGCAACCUUCUGAGGUUAUUUAUCAACCAGUGGAAAUUGCACAAGACGGUGGAUGUGUUCCUCCUGCACUGUCUCUAAUGGAAGCUUCAUUUCCAGAUCCUUAUUCUGAUCAUGGAGUUCAAGCAACAUAUCACCAGGUUUAUGCUCCAAGUGCCAUUGCUAUGCCUGCACCUGUGAUGCAGCCUGAACCAAUUAAAACAGUGUGGAGCAUUCAUUAUUAAGACAAUUGGGCAGCUCUAGUCCAGCUCAACUGAUAUCUUGUCUAAUGAUCCUUGUGUGGCCGAGAUCCAGCUUCAACAAACCGGCUAGAAGCUGCCUGUUGUGAAACUUAGGGUUAGUUAAUAUCUCAAUAUACUUACUUAUUCCACUAUAAGCUAUCUAAAUUUGAUAAAAUUUGCUUUUUCAGCUGUUCUACAAAAUUACUUAGGUAGAUGUGGCAUGUUGGGUUUUUUUAAUGUGUUAAUCUAACUGUGGUGACAUUUUCUACAUGUUUUAUCCAUUCCAUAAAUAAUAACCACAUUGGGAAUAGUGAGGUGUCUUUUCAUUUUCUCUGCUUUGUGUUAUUUCUUUUCUUCUCAGACUUUUAGAUGUUAUGUUUCAUACUUUAGUAUUUAUUUUAAUAUUUAGGAUAAGAGUCAUUUCUAAUUUUAAUAGAAUUUUUAAUACUUUCAUACCUUUUAGAAUAUAUUAUAUUAAUUAAAUUUAAUGAUUGAGUUCUGUUACUUUGCUUUACUAUUUUGUCAUUUAAUAUGAUUUUUGUCUAAUUAUUUGUUACUGCUACUCCUUACUUAAUUUUGCUUCUGCCAUGGUUUUCAGAAUUUGAAUAGUAUUUGUGCUUCUUUUUAUAUAACUUUUUCUAAAUAUUAGAAAUACUGUCAACAUGAUCAGUAUUCUUGCCUUUUCAUGUCAUUAAUUUGACUAUAUUAAAUUUUUUCUCUAAUAUUUAAGAUAAUACUUCAACCCUCCUAUAACAUAAUCCAUUUUGUACCAAAUUUUAUAUAAUAUGGAUCAACCUAGUGGAAUCUUUAUAAAAGAAGGGCUCACAUCUGACAUGAUCCCAUAAUAUUGACUGACAUUCCACUGUGUUAGUGUUCUUUGACUGCUUUAAUCUUUUAACCUUUUCUUCUUAUGUGUUACCAAUAUAUUCGAUUAUAUAUAUGAUUAAUUUUUAAAAGGACAAUUAAUUGUUUUCACAAAAUGUAAAACUUUUUCUUACACCAAAGGAAAACUUUAGAUUCUGAUUCUAAAGCCAGUUCUUCUUAUAAAAUUGGAAAAUAGGUGGGGGAAAAAGUCACCAUUCAGAAGUUACAAAACAAAUCAUAAGGGUUUUUAAUCACUAAAAUUUCUGUACUAGUGCAAAAAAUAUCCCUCUUUACAUUCAUUUGCAGUUACUUCACUGACUUCCUGAUUUUAGAAGUUGGGGGGGAAAGCCAUAAAAAUUGGUUUACCCUAAUAAAUCUAUCUCUUCCCUAUCCUUCCAACCCCAAAUGGAUUCCAUACUCAGCAUUAGCAGCAGAAAUAAUAGGACAUAGACCCCAGAGUUUUUCCUGGUGAGUCAAAUGUGUGUUUUCUUUUGAAACCAUAAUAAAUAUGUUUGCCAGUCAAAUGGUUUCAUGAGAACAGUAGGACCCAAUGAAUGUAUACUAGCAUACAAGGAUCCCAUGUACAUUAAUCAUUCUCAAUUUUAGAAAUGUAAAUCGACUAAUAAGUCCCACAGUGAAAUUUCAAAGGUUUUUGUUCUGUCAGUAAAAAUUUAUUUACCACUGAUGUUAGAGAGAACAAUAAAGUUAAUGUUUUGAUUUUCAAAAUGUGAAACAUGAUGCCAAACAAAUCCUGGACUGAUAAUAAAAAUUAAUGAUGUAUUAUUGGAUAA